AUGUACGCGGUGUGAAUGAUUUGGUGGUUGUUGGUCGUAUGUAUGUAUGUCGACUCUUAGAAAAUAAUUCGUGUUUUCCCUUCUUUUUUCUUUUUAUCAAGAAGGAGCGACAAUAAUUAUUCGACGUUGAUUCGUUCAGUUAAAUUUGGUCAAUUCGUUGUCGUCGUCGUGCGGCCACAGACAUUUCUUUUGGAAGGUUACUUGGUUAUAUUUCGAGCGGAGAAACGCGAGGCGGAAUAUUCGUGCGUGCUCGGAAUUCGUUUCCCUUGGCCCGCAGGCGGCGACGGCGACGGAGUACGUGCGAGUUGUGUGGCCAAUAUCGAGGAUAAAAAGGAAAAGAAGAAACGAGGAAAGAGAAAAGAAACGGAAGAAAGGGAGGAAGAAGAAGAAAAAAGAGAAGAGAGGGUUGCCACGAUAAAACGUUGCCAGUUUGAUCGGCAUGCGCCUGCAUUUUACUUACGGCACGAUGAUCGUCUUGGCGAUGAUGUUGUCCUGUCGUACCUCUUACGCUCAGGACGAAAUUAUCCUUCGAAGUCUCACUGCGAUGGAGACUUGUAAUGUCACAGCCGAUGGACGAGGAUUCAUAUGUCGCGGACCAGAUUUUUUAUCAGCUUUAAAGAGCCGGUCCUUCGAAAGCAUCGUUCUUCGAUCGCCGGCUAAUAUCACUAAACUUGAUUUGACAAACAACAAUAUAACGCGUGUUUCGGCGCACGUUUUUCAUCAACUUUCUAAUCUUGAAUUUUUGUCGUUACGACGUAAUCACCUAUAUACAAUUCAUGAAGAUGCAUUUGAAAAUUUGACGAGUCUUCGAGUAUUGGAACUCGAUGACAAUUAUUUAACAGAAAUUCCGAUUGCUCUUAUAAAACUUGACGCACUCGAAGAUCUAUCCAUUUCUAACAACAAAAUACAACAACUCGACGGAUAUAUAUUUCAAAGUAUUGACAGUCUGAUAUCACUCGAUUUACGUGGAAAUCCGAUUAAACAGAUAAACGAUAAUACUUUUCAAAAUCUUCAUAAACUUCGUAAGUUAAUACUGUCUGAUGUAAAAGAAAUGAGAGUUUUUCCCAAUCUCAAUGGAACGAGUUCUUUAGAGGUGUUGAAAUUAGAUCGUGCACGGCUUAAAGCAAUUCCACCAGAUCUUUGCGUUCAAUGUCCAAAAUUGAAAAGUUUUGAUGUGAAAUCGAAUUAUUUAACAAAAAUUCCAAAUUUAAGAAAUUGCCAUAAUCUUCGCGUCUUAGAUUUGGCAAACAAUGCGAUCUCGUCGAUAUCCGAUGCACCUUUUAAAACUUUGAACAUGUUACAUGAUCUUCUAUUAGCAAAUAAUAAUUUAAAAACAAUUUCGAGAGAUGCAUUUUCUGGAUUAUCAAAACUUCAAGUUUUGGAUUUAGAAAGUAAUUACAUAGAUUACAUUGAUCCUGGUGCGUUUACAGAGACGAAACAUUUGGAGGAUCUAAAUCUUGGAAACAACGUGUUCCCAACUUUGCCAGUUAAUGGACUUGCAGGCUUGUUACAUUUGAAAACUUUUAAUAAUCCAGCGUUAAGACAAUUCCCGUCACCUGAUAAAUUUCCACGCGUGCAAACCAUGGUUCUUUCGUACGCUUAUCACUGCUGUUCAUUUCUAUCAAUCGAGAUAGAAGACACCGUGACAAAAUCAUCAUUACAAGAAUCUAUUUUAUUCCCUACGGAUAAUGAAUUCGACAUGACCUUGUGGAACUCCAGUUUCGGCGAUGUUUGGCCUCAUCUAAAUAAUUUGAGCGAUAAGUUUGGGUCGCAACUAAACGAACUUUGGGAUAACUUUGGUCCAGAUUUUACAUAUUCCGGCAACGUACCACCCUACAGCGAGGACUACAUUGAGGAACAAAUUGGGCAGAAUGCAGCACCGGGACAAACAGUGCCUUCUCAUGUUCAAUGCUUACCACAGCCUGGUCCAUUUUUGCCAUGUCAAGAUCUGUUCGAUUGGUGGACGUUACGAUGCGGAGUCUGGAUAGUUUUUCUACUUGCUAUGCUUGGAAAUGGAACUGUAGUAUUCGUGUUAAUAUUUUCGAGAAGCAAGAUGGAUGUACCUCGAUUUUUAGUAUGCAAUUUAGCUGCAGCUGAUUUUUUUAUGGGUGUUUAUUUAGGUUUAUUGGCUGUGCUUGAUGCAUCUACUCUAGGAGAAUUCAAAAUGUAUGCCAUACCUUGGCAAAUGUCGGCAGGAUGUCAAUUAGCAGGAUUUCUUGGUGUCCUGAGUUCCGAAUUAAGCGUCUAUACGCUAGCUGUGAUCACCUUAGAAAGAAAUUAUGCAAUAACCCAUGCGAUGCAUCUCAAUAAAAGACUUUCGUUAAAGCAUGCCGUUUAUAUCAUGACGAUUGGCUGGGGAUUUGCUACAUCGAUGGCUACUCUACCGCUUUUCGGUAUUUCCGAUUACAGGAAGUUUGCGAUAUGUUUACCAUUUGAGACUAGUGGCACUGCAGCCUUAGUUUACGUAGUCUUUCUAAUGCUCAUCAAUGGAGUAGCAUUUUUAAUUUUAAUGGGCUGUUAUCUUAAAAUGUACUGUGCAAUACGUGGCUCGCAAGCUUGGAAUUCGAACGACUCUCGUAUCGCAAAACGAAUGGCACUUCUUGUGUUCACAGACUUUUUAUGUUGGUCACCGAUAGCAUUCUUCUCGCUUACCGCAGCUUUCGGACUACAAUUAGUAUCCUUAGAGCAAGCAAAGGUAUUUGCAGUUUUCGUGUUACCAUUGAAUUCCUGUUGCAAUCCUUUUCUCUAUGCUAUUCUUACGAAGCAAUUCAAAAAGGAUUGCAUUUUAAUAUGCAAAGCUAUUGAAGAGUCUCGCGUGACAAGAGGAAUCGGCAGAUGUCGGCAUAGUUCGAAUUUCAGUAAUCGUCAAACACCAGCAAAUACAAAUAGUCUGGUAGACAGAUCUUCUAAGGAGCACCAAGCACCAUGCGUCUGCACUUCGAAACUCUUGGAAACGAGCCAGUGCCCCAGUUACCGGUGGUGGGGAGCUAGAUUUCUUUGGCCUUGCGCGGCCGAUCAAAGACAACGUUAUACACGUAACGAUCACUACGCUUACCAAAUCGCCGAAAUUCAACAGAAACAGCAUAAACGUGCUUCGUCCGUUUCCUCUAGCGAGAAUUUCUCUUCAUCUCGUUCGGAUUCCUGGAGACAAACGCAUCAUUGUGGUAUACCGUUGAGAUUAUUGGAUCCCAAACGAAGAACAUCGUCUUGGUUGGUCACUAGGAAACCAUCGCAAGAUUCCAACCUUAGUUCAUCCCGUAAUGACUCGUCAGGUUCAGCAGCUACUGCCAGCACCAGUACGUGGCGUAUGUCAAGAUCAACAGCCUCCUUAGAAAUCAGUGCACGUAAUACUCCAAGACCUAUUAGGCCUAAGCCACGACUGACACGACAACUUGCGAUUCAAGAACCCGAACCACCUGCGUCACCGUGUAGAUUAGCUGUACGUUUGUUGGCUACUAUCCCUUCGGCUGCUGAGAUGAGCGAACAGCAAGAUGAAGAAAGUGCCGUACCUAAAUAGAGACAAAUUAAAGAAGGAACGAUGCGAGACACGUUUCAGUAUUAAGAAUAAAUAACGAGAUACCUGCCAUGUUUUUUAUCCGAAUUCAUGAAAUAGCGUACGAUGCGUUUUUGAUUUCUACAGGAAUCGACGUUAUCGCUGAGAUUAUUUGAAAAUAGUUAGGGAUAGGAUAAAGAUCUGAUAUGCAUGAUGCUACAGAUUACGUAUAGGCGCGAGAAGAAGAGAUAUGAUUUUAUUGAAUUUAUUGCCUUUAUCCUAUCCCCAAAUAUUAGUAUAAGCAAGCGUUGAUAUACUAUUACUUAAAUAAUAUAGCCCUUGUCAAAUAAUUCUAACGAUGACUAGUUCAGUCAAAUACCGUUUAAUAUGCUAACGGAGCAGACUGUAAAACCAAUGUAGUUCCAGUGCUCCUCGCGGGCAUUUGUUAUAUAAAAUAUUUGUUAUAUAAAUGAUUUAAAAUGUUAAGAAACAAAAAACGAAUUUAUAUCAAUGGCAAUUAUUCAUGUUGUUAGUAUUUUCAUAUUACAAGACUGAUAGCAGUUUAUUUACUACAUAAUAUCAAGAGAAGCAUUCCAACAUGUGCGAGCGCUAAUAAUUAUUAACGCAGUCUGGGUAUGAUAUAAUAAUUUUUAUCAACUUGCAAAUAAUGCAUUUCUUAAUCAUAUAUAACGAAGCAUUUAUUCCAUUCGUUCCAUUUAUUUUGUUUAAACAAUUUCUUAGAGACAUUAGAGCAAUAAUGAUUAAAGUUUUAUUUAUUUAAUUUAACAACCCAGACUGUGUAUUUUUUUAACGAAAUACCACAAUAAAGACGUUGAUAUCACAUUUAAUAAAAAUGUAUGUUCUGUUGCUUCUUUUCGAUACGAUGCAUUAUAAAAAACGUCUUAUAUCUAAUAAUAUAUUUAUAAUAUAUUUAUAAAAAUUCAUUGAAAAACAAAAAUGAAUAAAAUAUGAAUGAAGUUACUGUAUUACGCAUAUACGUUCAUAUUGUUGUAAGUGUAUUUUUCAAUCAACUACAACGAUGAAGUCAUGUACGGGAUGUUAGGAAAAACACGGAAAUAUAUAAAUAAAUGUUGUGUAUGUAAUAUCAUUCAUCUAUCUUACGCGCUCUUGUCAAUUAAUUUCCUUCAGUAUUAAAGCUUAUGAUGAAUGAAUAUUAUAUAUGAUUUAAAGACUAACGAAAUGUUAGUUAUACGCUGAAUAAAGUUAUGAUAAAAGGAAGCAUGUCAUGUAACGACAGUCGAUAAUUAAUUGCAAUGAUGAAAGUGGAUAAACUAUUUCUAUUAAUGAAGAAAUAAACAAUUUUAUUCUUACGUAUGGAGAUUGAAAUGUUUAAGAAAUUAAUAUUCAUUGUAUAACAAGAUCCUGAGAUCAAAAUAGCAAAUUCGAAAUUAAGUUAUAUUCUAGUCACAUAGUUACUAGAUACCGUAUGUACAUAUAAUAAUAAAAACAGAUUUUUCUUCUUUUUUUUUUCAUUAUUCCACUAAUAUAUAAUAGUAGCUAUGACAAAUUCCAUCCUGCACAUGACAUAGUUAAUAGUUUUAUUUAACGAAAACAAAUACGUGUUCACAAUACAUUUGGAGGCUGCCAUUCUUUUUAGGAAUAAUAAUGAAUUCACUAAUAAACAUGUUUUAUUAAUAGUAUAGAAAACAAAAUGGGUGAUAAGAAUUUCGUACUAUGAUAGUAUUGUAAGAAUACCAUUAACAUUUAUAAGGUGCCAAUAAAUUUAUCUUCUACAUAAAGUGUAGAAAAAUAUAGAUCGAUAACGAAAGUAA